AAUUGAUCAAAGAUUUUUCUUUUUGAUUCUAAACAUGUCUACUAAGUGUAUUUCACCUUAUAAAAGUGUCAUACAUUGAAAAAAAAAGUUUUGAAAAAUGCACAUCAUUUCUGAUCCUCAUAUCAAAUUUGUUUCUCCCUUUAAAGAAUGACACGUUCCCGCAUCAUUAAAAUGGCAAACAACGAAUUACGCAUGUAGGAGAAGAAAUGGGCUUGAAUUGGAGGUUUGAAUAGGUCACUCAAGGACGUCAAUUGGGACGCCAUUUUCUUUUUGUGUCGUAAAUGCGCAGUACGCUUGAUUUGCGGCUAGACUAUUUGUCCAUAGGCUGUGUCCCACCACCCACAUUUACACCCUAGCACAUUGCUGUUGUCAAGAACUGCUGAAUGACCAGGUAUGGCACCGGGUGGUGACAACGAUGAGUUGGACGGACUUUUUCAAGAUAGGAAUACUGAAAAUACAGACAAGGACACAGACUGCUGCCUCUGGUUCAAGAAUCAUUCUGGGGUGGCCGCCUGCCUAGCAUCCGGACUUUUCAUAGGGAUUGUUCCUGCAACGUCACGAUACAUACAAGACAGUGGAUACACGGCAUUUCAGAUCAACUUCUUCAACGAUCUACUACUUUUCAUCGCUGUUCUGUGUGUCGUCGCUUACCAGCGGAAAAGCCUCCUCCCUACGAACUGUGGACAGGUCUUCCGCUUGGUUUUCCAGGGAGUAGGUCGGUUUGUUGGCACGCUGUGCCAGAUCCAAGCCUAUCGCUACGCUCCUCCGGCCACUGCUGAGACCAUUAUCAACCCCAGCACGAUCGUUUUCGUUGUGAUUCUUUCCUGCAUUUUCAUCAAAGAGAUGCCAACAUGUGCCACCAUAUUCGGCAGUCUAUGGUGUAUGGCAGGCAUUGCUCUCCUUGGUUAUAGUAGCAUCACCAACAAGGACACCUCAACACAAGACACAGACGAUGUUGUUCUGGGAACAGUUCUAGCCAUCGCUGCAGGUUUGCUGUUCGCCAUGCUGAGCGUUAACAUCAAAAUCCUUCUGGAAUCCACCUCGAAAACGAUGGUCUUGACAUACGCUUACACCACAGCAACAGUUUUGUCAGGAGUAGCAACGAUUUUUACCACCAAAACUUGGUACCUAGAGCCUACUACUGCAGGAUUAUUGUUUGCAAACUGUGUAAGUCGCUGUACUUCAAUAGUACUCAUGUACGUUGGGUUGAAGCAUGUUGAGGUCAACGCAGCAAUGGCGUUGUUUCAGGUCGACGCGUUUUCGGCAUUUGGACUGCAGUGGGCAAUACUCGGCAUUGCUCCGACCAUGUUUGACGGAUUUGGUCUUGCAUGUAUAUUGAUAGGAACGAUCUCUAUUGCUAUUUGGGAGGGACUAGUCCUUUGGAUAGAAGACAAACACAGUAAAUUGAUCAAACAGUUGGAAUUUAAUGCCACAUUACCGUACGAUGACAUGUAAAUGUGUUCUGUUUGCACUAAGGCUUUGAAACUGUGAAAUUAACGGAAGUAGGAAUAUAUUUAAGAGUUUUUUCUAGCAAGUGAAGUUUGAAACCACCGUCCGUCGACAUGGUAUCCCCAAAUGCCCGAAAACAACUGAUAUAGGUUACUAUAGUACCCUGUGAAAAAUGUGCGUUACUUGC